UAUGUGUCAAAAAAUAGUAAGGUUUUAAAAGGGCGCCACGUACAAGGUGAUAUUUGUUAUUAUUGCGAGAUAACAAGAAACAAUUAAUUCGCAAAAUGUGUGGUUCCGAUAAAAAAUUAGGAGAAAUACGUGCUUUAAUAUUGGUUGGCGGUUAUGGGACUCGCUUGAGACCACUGACACUGAGCAGGCCAAAGCCACUUGUAGAGUUUGCAAACAAACCAAUUUUGAUGCAUCAAAUAGAAGCUCUUGUUGAAGCCGGUGUAACACAAGUGAUAUUAGCAGUGUCAUACAGAGCAGAUGAUAUGGAAAAAGAAUUAACUGAACAAGUGUCCAAACUCGGUGUCUCUUUAACAUUUUCUCAUGAAACUGAACCAUUGGGUACCGCUGGACCUCUUGCACUAGCUAGGGACUUGCUUGCUACAAGUCCGGAACCAUUUUUUGUGUUGAAUUCUGAUGUUAUAUGUGAUUUCCCAUUUAAGGAAUUGGCUAAAUAUCACAGGAGUCAUGGCAAAGAAGGUACCAUUGUUGUUACCAAAGUAGAGGAGCCAAGCAAAUAUGGUGUUGUUGUUUACAAAGAGGAUGGUCAAAUUGAAAGUUUUAUUGAGAAGCCAAAGGAAUUUAUUUCAAAUAAAAUUAAUGCUGGUAUGUAUAUACUAAAUCCAUCUGUACUGAGUCGUAUUGAAUUAAGACCGAUGUCAAUAGAAAAGGAAGUGUUCCCGUUUAUGGCACAAGAUGGUCAGUUGUAUGCAAUGGAGUUGCAAGGUUUCUGGAUGGAUGUUGGACAGCCUAAAGACUUUUUAACAGGGAUGUGUUUAUAUUUGAACAGUCUAAGGCAAAAGAACUCGGAUAAGUUGCACAAUGGUGCGGGAGUGGUUGGCAAUGUGCUGAUAGACCCGACAGCAACCAUCGGGAAAGGAUGUAGGAUCGGACCUAAUGUUACCAUUGGACCAGAUGUAGUUAUUGAAGAUGGUGCGUGUAUAAAACGCAGUACUAUCCUGCGAGGGGCGUGUGUUCGCCAGCACGCGUGGUUGGACGGUUGUAUUGUGGGCUGGAGGUCGGUAGUCGGCCGCUGGGUACGUAUGGAGAACUGCACCGUGCUGGGAGAGGAUGUCAUAGUUAAAGAUGAACUCUAUAUUAACGGAGGUCAGGUGUUACCGCACAAGUCUAUAGCACUCUCAGUGCCGGAGCCACAGAUUAUUAUGUAACUUUGUAUGUACAAUUUGAUUUUAUAUGCUUUAGUAUAUGGCAGUAAGGGCUUGUAGAUUUUGUAAACAUAGGUAACGUUUUUUAUGUUUUUUAGUUUGUCUUUGAUUUUUUUGUAUUUUAUUAGAUUGAAUUACUAUUAAUAAUUAAAAAUAGUAAUAUUUAAAAAAAUCUAUGACAUUUUCUUUAUGUCUUCAAGUGAUAUUUUGUCUUGCAAAUUAAAAAAAAAAGAUGUUAUUAAUUGAAAAAUAGUAUAGUGCCAGUUGUUUACAAAAUUUAUAAGUUCUUUUGAAACGGACUAUAACUAAAUACAUAUUUGAUACUUUCCAUACAUUAGUACAAGUAUUAAAAUAAGUGUAAUUAAUAUAACCUUUUGAAUGGACAUUGAAAUUUACGAUUUUAAUACUUUUGUACAUUUUGAUAAAGUUUAUUUUUUAUUUAAGAACAUUGCAGAGAAAACAAUAUAAUCCAAUCUUACCUUAUGUUUGUAUCAGAACAGGUAUAAAUAUUUCUGCAGUGGAUACUUAUCUAGGUAUAAGUGUUUUCAAAUAUCUUAACAGGUCAAGUUGUGCUUGCGAAAUACACACUCCAUAUCGCACUUUUAUUCAUAAAAAAAAUUAACUCAAAAAAAUUUUUUUUUGGGAAAUCGCGUAUUGAAGUUCGAAAUGUUUACAGGAGAUUUAAGAUAAAAGAGAAAGACGUCGUAUCUCUUUUAUUUUCAUUCUAUUGUGACUCGAGUUGUAUAAUAAUAAUAAUAUUUUUUUUUAGAUUAAAAAAAUCAUCUAUGACAAUUAAAACUAAGUACACAAAAGUUAAAUAUAUGACAAAAAAAGGACAGUAAGCCCAACAUAAGUAAGCGUUGCAAUGCAGAACAGAUAGAGCCUUUGCUCAGCUAUAUGUUAACUACCCCUGGGGUAAUCUUACUAAUAUUAUAAAUGCGAAAGUUUAGAUGGAUGGAUGGAUGUUUGUUAGAGUUUGUAGCCUAAACGGCUGAAG